AGUGCCAUGACAACAGGACGAUGGCUGCAAGCGAGAGGGUGAGAAAUGUGAUUUUUGUGUGAACGAGGAGGAACAAACCGUCGUCCUUCAACGGUCUGGCUCGUGUACGCUAAGAGGCAGCAUGUCUCUGUUCAAAGCCCGUGAUUGGUGGUCGGCAGCUCUUGGCGAAGGGGAGGAGUUUGACCAGGGAUGCCUCUGUGUCGGAGAUGUGGACAACAGUGGCACCGGACAUGACAAAGUGGUGGUAGGCAGCUACAUGGGAAUGCUGCGGAUCUUCUCCCCACAUACCAAUAAGUCCAGUGACGGAAGUGUAGCUGAUGCCCAGCUUCUGGAGGUCCAGCUUCAAAAUGCCAUCAUCCAGGUGGAAGUGGGCAAGUUUGUCUCGUGUUCAGAGCUUCUCCAUCUGGCAGUUCUUCACCCCAGGAAACUGUCCGUCUACUCUGUUUCAGGCACUGCAGGGAACGUGGAGCAUGGUGACCAGUACCAGCUGAAGUUAAUUUAUGAACACAACCUGCAAAGAACGGCCUGCAACAUGACUUAUGGCACCUUUGGAGGAGUCACAGGUCACCACUCCCUGUGUAUCCAGUCUAUGGAUGGGAUGCUGAUGUUCUUCGAGCAGGACAGUUACUCCUUCGGCAGGUUCCUCCCUGGUUUCCUGCUGCCAGGCCCGCUGGUCUACAACACCAGAACAGACAGCUUCCUCACCGUGUCCUCUGCACGCCAGCUGGAAAGCUACAAGUAUGAGACUCUGGCUGUGGCUACAGAGGCAGAGAGUCGACAGGAUCCUGACCUGCCCCUGAAGACAGGAAGCAAGAGGCUGACGCCUGACUGGACGUUUGUCCUGGGAGAACAGGCCCUGGACCUCUCUCUGCCCUCCUUCUCCCACUCCUCCUCCUCCAUCUUCGUCCUGGGUGAGAGGAACCUCUACUGUCUCCGUGACAAUGGUCAGAUCCGCUUCAUGAAGAAGCUGGAGUUCAACCCCAGCUGCUUCCUCCCCUACGCCUCAGUAACAGAUGGCACGACCAACCUGCUGCUAGGUAACCACACCAACAUGCUGCUGGUUUACCAGGAUGUGACUCUGAAGUGGGCGGCCCAGCUCUCCUUUGUACCUGUGGCUGUUCGCAUCGCCAACUUCCCGGAGUUAAAGGGAGUGGUGGUCAGUCUCAGUUCAGAUGGUCAUCUCCUAUGCUCGUACAUGGGUACAGACCCCUCCUUCUUCUCCACACCCAAGGUGGAUGCCAGGGAAGCAGACUACGAGCAGGUGGAUGCUGAGAUGAAGAAACUGCAGAAGUUCAUCAGAGAGGCCACCAGGACUCAGGAUAUUCUGCCUAAAACUGAUGCUGAGGAGGACCUGAUUGUUACAGCUACUGUGUCCUCCAGCAUGGACAGCCCAUCGCACGCUCUGAUCCAAGAUAUCGGUGGUCUGCCUGUCCCUUCAGUGACCGUACAGGUGAAGGUGAAGGCCAGUUGUGUUGUGCAGUCCUCUAAGCUGACCGUCUGUGUUCAGCCUCCUCUGGCCGUCACUCAGGACCAGUUUGUCCUCGAGCCCAUGGGCGUUGGUUCCUCUACACUUGUGGCAUUCUCAGCUUUCCUCAACGGCCGCUACCCCCCCGCCGAUCUGACCGGAGACAUCACCGUGUCCUACAGCUCGCCAACAGGAGUUCCCAGGGUUCUCCAGUCCAGGUUCAGUCUUCCUCUGGCGUUGGUGUGUGCUCUUUCCUCUCCGGCCAAAACCACCAAGUUUAAGAUCACUGUGGAUACCAAUCAGCCACCAGUCAACCUCAACUCCAUCUUCCCAGAGUUUUCAGCAAAAUCAGAAGAUAAGGACGGGAAUACUUUGGCUUUCCAGUUCCUGUCAGGAGCCAAGGUUACUGUGCUGGCCUCCAAGACCUCCCAGCGUUACCGUAUCCAGAGUGACAGUUUUGAGGACAUGUGGUUGGUGGUGAAGGAGCUGGUUCAGAGGUUCGACCAACAUUUCUCCAAGCUGGGAGUCAAGGACUUCAAGAAAAGCUUCAGUGGACCGCUUCCACUGCAGGAGUACUUCCUGUCAGUAGACCACCACUUCCAGCUGCGUGUCAGUGCUCAGCAGUACCAGGACUUGCUGUCAGAGCGAGCGGUUCAGUUCAGAGCCAUCCAGCGCCGCCUGUUGACUCGAUUCAAAGACAAAACCCCAGCACCACUGCAGAACCUGGACACACUGCUGGAUGCUACUUACAGCCAGGUGAUGGCGCUGGCGGAGGCUGCGGAGGAGAACCGGGCUCUGCUGGAGGAGGCGUUCGUCCGUCUGCGGAGCGCAACACACCUGCUAGUGCUGCUGCUGUCGCUGUGGCAGGGCCUGACCCCCGACCAGACCGCCAUCCUGGAGGCCACGCUGCUGCCGCUGCUGCAGGACACACCACAGCUGGGUUGGGAGGAGAGCUGCGACGCUGCCGUCUCCCACCUCCUGCGGAGCUGCUUGUCACGGAGCCCCAAAGACCAGGCCACGUCUCUGGCCCAGGCAGGAGGUCCUGUGCUGGGCCUCCCCCGUGACACCGCCCGCCUCAAAAAGCACAUCACCCUGCUGUGCGAUCGCAUCGGCAAGGGAGGCCGUCUGACCCUGGCAUCUGAAGCCAACGUCCAGGUCCCCGCCCAGGUCCAGAACCUGGCUGCUCCCGGAGGUGUUGAACCCAUUGCAGAGGUGGCUGGUGAUGGGGAGGAACUGGAACUUCAACAGGAAGCCGCCAAGUUCAUCAAGAAGAAACAGCCAUCUAAGAAAGCCAAGAAAGAUAAAGACUCCAAAGAGAAGAAAGAGGCAUCCAGGGAGCCGUCAGAGGCCACAGUGACAGAAGAAGCAGGAGGUGCAGAGGAGCCAGUCAAGGAGGCGAAAAAGGAAAAGAAGGAGUCUUCCAAGGAGAAGAAGGAGUCAAAGAAGGAGGCCAAAGAGCCAAAGGAAGAGGCCAAGAAAGAGUCCAAGAAGGAGUCAUCCUCCUCCAAAGAGAAGAAGGAGUCAUCAAAGGAGAAGAAGGACAAAGACAAGGAGGGGAAGGAGGCCAGCAAGGAACUGGGGGACAAGAAAGUGUCCAGGAAGUCUUCAGUGAAGGUCAAAGAGAAGAAGAAGGAGCCAGAGGCAGGAGAGGGCUGACACAACCAGUGCAAUAAGCUCACAUGAUAUGCACACAGACACAAACACAGGAUGCAUGUCUAAACAUCACACACAUAUACACACACAGGGGCUCACGCAUGUAAAUACACACGUGUAUAUACAGUGUAAACAUAUACUGUACAAGGCUACAUACACAUGCACAUAUGCAGUCUAAAUAUAUAUUUACAUGUACAUAGUAUUCAGUCAGCAAGCAGUUUCCUCCCAGACGUAUAUUUACAUCGCCUAGUAAUAGCUGACCCUCUCUCACACACACACACACACACACACACACACACUCUGCUGCUGCUCAGCCACACCACAUCCAGUCGUUUUGGUGUGAGUGCACUGAGUGACUGUGGUGAGGUCUGAGCCCAGGGAGAGCGAGGAUGAAGGCAAAAUCCUCCUCCUCCUCCUCCUCCUCCUCCUCCUCAGACAUUUCGCUGACUCUCUCCUUCCUCCUCGUCCUCUUCAUCUAGCCUCAGCAGCAGUUGAACCCACAGCCCUGCGCCUCCCUAAUCCCAGUCAGGCCCCAAACCACCCCCCCGCCCACGCUCUCGCUCCUGAAUGUGACGUCAGACCCGCCCUCUCGCCCUCUCGCCCCCUCGCGUGGCACCGGGCCUCGCCAGAGCCUCCCCCGCCUCGCCGCUAAGUAUAAACCGCCCACCGCGUCCAGCCGCCCGGCUGCUUCCGGGUAAAUCAAGGCCAUAUCCUACAUCCACCUCCACCACCACCCCCUCUGACCUCCUCCAGUCAGUUUUGUGUUUUUAAAUCUGGGACACUCAAGGACACGCGGCUGCUGAUGGACGCAAACUUGGUGCUGCGGGGUCGAACCUGAGACUGUUUUUGUACGGUGGAAACCAACAAGGCGUUCCUGGAAAAAGCAGGGUGGCAAUCAGGAGGGGAGAGGAGCCUGCAGGGCCAGUUCAACACCCGAGCUCUUUUCUGCUCAUCUUCAAGAACACGAUGAAGUGGAGGCUUGAUAUUACGCACACUACAGGACGCUUGUGUCAGUGAUAUCAGCUGCUUAUUUAAUCAGCUGCACACGACACAGUCUGAUACAAUAUGUUACUGUUAGAUGACCAUUACUAGUGCCAGAGGAAGAGCAGAGUCUCUCAGCAGAAACACACAUGUAGGUUUUAGAAUAAAAAGCUCAAGGUAAUAAAUGAUGUAAAAAGAGACAUGGUGGGAUCUCACCGUGCACAUAGGAAGUGUAGUUCCACAUACUGAAAGUUAAGGCUCAGAUUAAGGUAUCAAUAAAAGAUAUCGUAUCAGCGCUGUUAUCUAAGAGUCCAACCCCGACACAGUUUUGUUUGUGGUGUUGAAAAGAUUGAAAAAUGAUUAUAAAGUUCAACAGCAACAUUUCCCUCCUGAAACAGUGCAGCCUUUAAACAGAUUUGUUAGCCACUUUUUAAAAACAGUUUGUUCUGUGGAUUAUCGAGUUUAAGAGGGACACAGAGUUCACACAUAGUUUUGUUGUACUAUUGUACAUGCAUGGUUACAUACCAAGAGAGGGAUGAGACUAGAAUGUGUUUUGUACUUUGGGUGAACCAGCCCUUUAGAAGAGUUUUACUUGGUGAAAAAGAAAUUUACAUUCACAGAUUUGUGAGUUUACUGUAGAGUCUCAAAUGUGAUUUACAGACUCCUCGUAUAAUCAGAUUUACAGCAUAGUUUAUGUACAGAAUGUAAAAAAAAGACUUUAUUAGUGAACUUUAAAAUGAGGCAGGAACUUGAAAAUGAAAAGAUAACAGAAAGUGACAGAGAAAAGCCAUCUGAGAAGUUUUCUUCCAAGCUGAGGUCACCGCCUCUGAACAAACCGAACAAAUUCUGGUUGCAAACACUAAUUUUACAUCCUUCUUUGGCAGUUUUACAAACCAAAUCCUGUUGAUAUUGGAGAUACUGAAUUACAAACCUACAAAAUAUUUAUCUUUCCACUGUAACAUAAGACUCUGGACACACACACUAACACACACACAUAAGUUUAGGCUUUGAGCUGUAUUUCUGCCAGACUUUAAGCUUAAGACUUCAGCCAUAGAUGCUGUGCCAGCUUCACCAAUGACAAUCCCAGCAGCUCUGUGCUACAUUACAAGUCUGCUCUGCGUCUGUAUGUUCAGCUUCAGUCCUUCUGUCCACUGGGAAACUUUCCUUUAGCUGACAGAAGCAGGUUCUGUUAUUAACCCUGAUCUCUUUGGGCUGGAUUCCUUUUCUUUUUUAGUGUUUUUAGAACUGAAAUAUCAGCUCGUCCUUACAGAGUCUCCCACUGGACACAAGGUACUACAUGUAUACUGUUUAACAAUACCUUGAAUGUUUGUAAUAUAGAGUAGGUUUUGUACUGUUGUAUUAGCUGUGCAGAUGUACCAGGCUCCUGUUCUGAGUCUGCUUUUAUAGCCACAAUUCACUCUGCACUUCACAGCUACUGAUAACUCUCAUCAGUGUGCAGCCUGGAGAAGAUCCCCACCCAUGGAGUCAGAGAAUGAAAUGAACCUUAUCUAUGAAAUAUUUAGUAAUAAAAGUAAUCUACU